ACGUAAAUCUGUCAAUCGAAUAAAAGAAGGUAAGUGGUGUACAUUUCUAAGCCGAUGGUAGUGAAUAUAGGUAAUUUAACUUGAAUUUUGCGUCCUUUAACACAUUUGAAGUUAUUGGAAGAUUUUGUUUAGUGUGUAGGGAAAAAAAUAUGAUACACCUAUCAUAUACAAGGUGUUUUCUAAUUAACUGUCAAUAAUUAAGGGGGUGAUUUUUGGUCCAUUUUAAAAUGGAAACUUCAUAAGAACGUAUGUCCUAAAGAUCUUAACUUUUGAAAUACAGGCUAUAUUUUUUUUAUAUCUGGAGCACCAUUUUACCAAAAUAAAUAAGAACUAGAGUUCAGAUUUUCACGAAAUUAUAUAUUUUUAAAUGACAUUUGUUUCGACAACACCGUGUCUUUAUCAAAUGUAAUAUUUUUGCAAUAAAUUUUCAAUUUUUUUGCAAUAAAUUGGCAAUAAAAAAUUCUUUUGAAUUAAUCAACAAAAUUAAAGAUAUCAAAAUCCCUUCUAACGCAACACUAUUGUCUUUUGAUGUACAAAACUUAUUUCCCAGUAUUCCACCUAUGGAUUGGUGAAACAAGAUUUAUUAGAUUGCUUAAUAGUAUUUUUAGGAAGAUUUGAUUAUGGGAAACCCACUUAGUCCUUUAGCCGAGAUAUUUAUGGAUAAUUUGGAAAUUAUCAUACUAGAACAUCCUGUAAGUAAAAGUUUUCUAUGGUGGUAUAGAUACGUGGAUGAUGCCUUUGCUUGCUUUGUUGGAAGGGACAGACAAUUGAAUUCACUACCGAGAUUGAACAGGAUAACCCUAUUAAUUUUUUUGACCUAACUAUUACGAAAACGCAAAACAAAUUAGAUUUUUCCAUUUAUCAUAAACCUUCACACACGGACACAGUCAUACAUAACAGCUCAAAUCACCCUUAUACACAACAGUUUCAAAACAUUUGUCAAAAUGUGGUUUAAAAAUGGCUUUCAGAACUAACAACACAAUUGGAAAAUUUUUAAAAAACAAUAUAACCAAAUGUCCAAAAUCUCAAAAAUCAGGUGUCUAUAGGUUCAAAUGCGGAUCUUGUUCUAAAAUUUAUAUUGGACAAACAGAAACGCAUUAACGAACAUAAAAGAGCGUUUAAAAACAAUAGUCUAGAUUCUAAUUAUGCUACACACUUAAACACAAAAAAAAACACAUUUUGACGACAAUUUUGAUAUUUUACAUACAGCCACAAGAAGUAGAAAAUUAAAUUUAUUGAAAGCCGUGGAGAUUAACAAAAUGAGACAUUCAAAUGUAUUGCUUAACGAUUAUUUAGAUGUAAAUACCCCUCCUUUAUUGAACUUAAAUUCUCGCAACAACAUUAAUUAACGUUUUAUGGUCAUUUUUCGGUAUAUAUAGUAGUGAAAAUCUGAACGCUAGUUCUUACUUAUUGUGAUAAAUGAAUUUUCAUCAAGUAAAAGCCACCUCAGUUCAACACCAUUCAACACAUCUACUACGUAUCACAUUGUCUUUGUUUUUGUGGCCAUAUGAACUUUCACCUCUCUCUUUUGGCAGAUAUGAUGGUACGCCACUGAUUUUAAAAUAAAAAUUAUUCUUACAAUUUUUUUACAAUAACGCAACAAGAGAAAUAAUAAAAGAUUCUUAUUAGAAUUUAUUUUAUUUAUGCAAGUUUAUGCAUUUUGUAUUUGUAUUUAGUCAAUUACAUAAGUAAGAAAUAAUAAUAAUUCCCUGCGUGCUGUUAUAUUAACGAUAUUGUUAUGACCGUGCAGAGAAGAGGUUUUCAUUUUUUUAAGGGAAAACCGUACAUCAGAUUGAAAAAAAUCAAGAAAUUGAAUUUUUGUAUUUAAAAAAUUGUGUACACUGAUUCCAUUAAAAUAUGUUGUAUUACAGAUAUUACAUAAAUAUAUUUUGAAAAUUUUACCACCCCUCAAAAAUUAAGACGUUUAGGACAUAUGUUCAUAUGAAGCUUUUUUUUUUCAAAAUGGACCUAAAAGUCGACCCUUUAGGAUUAGGAAACACCUUGUAUUUAAAGUUUAUUUGCUGUCGAAUUUUCUGGAAACUUGUAUACCAGAAAUUCUGAUGUAAAACUGGGCUUCAUUUACAAUUCAAUUACUAACUAACCAAUAAGAGUAUCGUGUUUCUCGGAAAAAUUUAAUAAAUGUAUCAAACGCAAAUACACUACGUUGAAAUUUUGCACAAUAAUGAAAUCCUUUUAAAAGCUAAAUCCGAAAAGUACAAAUACAAAAUACAUAGAAAGCUUUCUAUAUGAUUGGCAUAAUGUCUUUUUUCGUAAUGCUGGAAUUCUGAAAAGAGCUUCAUAUAACGUUAAACAAUAUGACCUUUAAUUGAAAGUUUUUUCUGGAAGCAAGAAUUGAUCUUUUCAUUCUAUAUUUUUAAACAUGUUUUUAGUUUUGUUUUUUCCUUUUUGUUUUGUUAUUAUUGCACCAACUUCCACAGUUAAAUCAGAACAGCAACUAAUUCCUGGCAAUCAUCUAACACGCUUUUACAAAAGUGCAUUAGAAUUACGCAAAAAUGGAACUGGACAUGGCACCGAAACUCUCUAUGUCCUCUGACGAAGCCGAUGAUGUGGCCUUCAAGGUCUUAAAUCAAGACAACCUGCCUGCCAUAUCGGUAAUCGGAGAACCAAUUUUUAAACCGUUCGGGCAAGACUUCAAAUCAAAGCCCAACCUCGUCGUGCACCCUACUAGAAGAAUAGUCACUAAUUUAGAAGAUAACAAACAGAAAGGCUUCACUAAAUCGCAUGGUCACAUUGACGGUCAAUACGCAGACAAAAAGCUAAAAGGGAGGUUCAGCUCCUCCCACGGCCAUUUGAACCACCACAAUUCGUCGUCUAAAAUAAAACCCGAUGAUUUCAAGAAACAGGUGGACGUGAAGUUCACCAAAACGUUGGACGCAAAACUUCGGAGGCUCCAAAAGAAGGAGAACCAAAAUAAGAAGACGGGGGGGUCGGAUAUCGAAAAAUUCAAGAAGCCCUUUGUCACUACCGUGAAGAAAGGAAAGUUCCUCGAGCCUCCACCCGAAAAACCGAUACUUAACUUUAAAGUUGCUGAUGAACAUUCGGAGAAGAAAAAUUCGAAAUUGUACGCGUACUCGAGCCAGCCGAGGGUGUUAAAUCGAGAACCUAAAGCCACAAAUAAGGACCCCAAGGUGCUAACCAGAAGUCCUCCGAAAAUUGCACAUUUGCAGCAAUGCGCAGCGGCGUUUAUGGCGGCGAAAAUUGCCGGAGGAGUAGCCGGGUUGAAGAAUAUCAAUGAAGGGAUCGAGAACAAAAAGAACGAAGGGGAAAUCACGUACGGCAAUGUUAUGUACGACAAACGAGUCUUUCGGGGAAGCAACUUUGCGCAGCAGCAUGCGGGCGAUGGGGAAUCGGCGGCCGCAAGAGCGGCGGAAGCGCGUCGACGGGCUCUCGCUCGUCGAAAAGCUAAAAAUCAGCACUACAACAACUCGAGGCUUCGUCUAGGCUCCCCGCCACCGGUUGCGGGCAGAAGACACGAAAACAUCCAAACCGAACACUACUUGGAGGAAUUGUUUGUAAAUCCUCCGUUAUCGGACGUUUGCACGCAAACUGAUUUGUUCCUGGAGAGGCCUGUGUCGCCAUUUUACGUACCAGCGAAAACUGGAGCCGACGUGGACACCCAGAUUUAUCCCGGCGAUUUAUUCGACUUCGAUCUAGAAGUACAACCCAUCCUUGAGGUACUUGUGGGCAAAACCGUCGAGCAAGCACUUAUAGAGGUGCUAGAAGAAGAAGAACUUGCCUCGCUCAGAGAGCAACAGCGAAGAUUUUUGGAGCUGCGCGCCGUGGAAACAGCAGAGGUUUUGAGAUUAAAGGAAAGGGAGAAACGGCUAACUCGCGAGAAAAAUAAGCGAGUCGCUGAACACGAAGACGGUGUAAAGUUGCAAAAAGAAAUGGAAGAAAGGAUUGCGGCAGCGGUGCUGACGCAAAGUUAUAUGGCUGACGUGCUACCGUCGGUCCUCGAAGGGCUACAGUCCGAAGGGUUCUUGGCGAAUAGUGUUAAAGAAGAUAUCGACGACUCAUUCAUGCCCUGGUUGGUCAAGGAAGUAACGCAAGAACUACAAGAUAUGGUUUGCAGCAGAGACUUGCUCUCUGAUAUCGUACGAGAAAUACUCGAAAACAGAGCAGAAAUCUACAAGGCUUUAAACAAGGAGUCAUCAACUGAUGAAACGGAAGAAGAAGGACCUUCGGUCCAAGAGAUGAUGUUGCAGGAUCAUUUUAAGCUGCAGCAAGAGAUUGAGGGGGAAGAGAUAGAGCCGACAGAGCAGCAUCGCAAUGAGACAUCUUAACAUCUAUGGAAGUCAGAAGUCUAUCGCUCCCACUAGGCAACGAUCAACAGUUCUCCAAACAUGUUAUUCUGGAAAAUAAAAACGCACUUUGUACAUCUAGUAUAUGAUUUUAUUGUAAAAUGUCAAAAGUAUAAUAAAUU